AUUCUGAGCAACUUUUUAAGAAAAAAUCCUCUUCAUCGUCAUUGAUCUUGAAAAAAUUAUUAUUUGUUUUAUCGACCAACAAGAGGAAUCAUCUCAUUUGAAAAUGUGGUUUCAAACAAUAUUAUUAUUAGCCAUCAUUAUUCAUGGAUCUCUUCAACAUGGCAGAAUGUUGGAACCGCCGGCAAGAAAUUCUAUGUGGAGAGCUGGUUUCAAUACCAAACCCGAUUAUGAUGAUAGUGAACUAUUCUGCGGUGGAAUAGUGGAUCAAUGGAAAAGAAACAAAGGCAAAUGUGGAAUCUGUGGUGAUUCAUUUUCGAUACGACCACCAAGACCAUAUGAAACCGGUGGAAUUUAUGCUAGAAAUAUUACCGUACGAAACUAUAGACCUGGUUCGGAAAUCGAUGUCAUCUUAGAUUUGGUGGCCAAUCACAUGGGGACAUUUGAAUUUAGCAUCUGCCCUAGAAAUGAUUUUGCACAUGAAACAGAGGAUUGUUUUAUUCCAUUAAAAGUAAAUGGAUCGGACAGAUAUAAAAUUCGUUCACAUCGAAACGGAAUAUUUACUAUGCCUGUAACAUUACCGCGUGAUAUUAAUUGUCAAUAUUGUGUUUUUAGAUGGCAUUGGAAAUCGGCCAAUAACUGGGGGAUGUGUGCGGAUGGUCGUCAAGCGAUUGGUUGUGGACCACAGGAAACGUAUCGAAAUUGUGCGGAUAUAGCCGUUGGUUAUGAAUAUGGAAUUCGUGGUCUUAAUUAUGAGCCACCUCCUUCGGUUGUAAACGGAUUCGAUCGAAUGAUAAUGAACAAUGAGAUACCUAAAGAUAAUUUCAUUACUCAUCAUCGAGUUCAUUGGCCAGGUAAUCAACAUCAUCAUAAUCACCAUUCUCAUCAUCAUCAUGUUCAUCAUCAUCCUAUUGAAGAAGAAUCUACAACAAUAGAUGAUUCUGAUUUUACAAUCAGAACAACUGAAUUACCAAUAAAAAUAGAAGAAUAAUCAAACAUUAAUCACUGCGUUGUGAAUUUUA